CAGACUUAAAGGUGCCCCGAGGGCCAAACUGGGGCCUGUGGGGACCCAGACGGGCCCUGCUUAACCCCUUCCUGCCUGCUUGUGUGGUUUGAGGAGGCCGGUAAGGCUCCGUGAUGCACCAUGUGGAGGUGGCAGCGCUACAGCUGGGGCUCUAGGAGGGGCGCUUGCACGCACAGGACCCCUGCCCCCUGACGCCGGGCCCAGAACAGAGAGGACGCGGGCUCGGCCCGGGCUGAGUGGACACACAAGAGUUAACUGGUGGGGCGUGACAGGGCGAACCGCCCUCAGGAAGUGUUACUCACCGCCGGGAAUGCGAGCGCUCUUGCCUCGGGGGCUGGAUUCCCUUCCUGAGUCCUGGGAGAAACCGGGAGAAACCAAGGGAGCUCCCAGCCAUGGAAACCCCUGGGGAGCCGGGAGCUGGACCUCUCGGAGCCCCCAGCCUGUCCAACUUCGCACCUGGGCGCCCGGAGAGAGAAAAGCCAGCCGAGGACCCGCCGUACGACGUGCCAGGGGCCAGUGGGCGGCAGGCGGGCGGGCCCCAGCGGCCUGGGCGCACCGUGAGCCUGCGGGAGCGCUUGCUGCUCACGCGGCCCGUGUGGCUGCAGCUGCGGGCCAACGCGGCGGCCGCACUGCAUGUGCUGAGGACCGAGCCCCCGGGGACGUUCCUGGUGCGGAAAUCUAACACUCGCGGGUGCCAAGCCCUGUGCGUGCGGCUGCCCGAGGCCGGUGGCUCCUCCUUUGUCUCUAGCCACUACAUCCAGGAGAGCCCUGGGGGCGUCUCCUUGGAGGGCUCAGAGCUCAUGUUCCCAGACCUGGUCCAGCUCAUCUGCGCCUACUGCCAUACCCGGGACAUCCUUCUCCUCCCACUCCAGCUCCCCAGAGCCAUCUGCCAGGCAGCCACCCACAAGGAACUCGAAGCCAUCUCCCAUCUGGGCAUUGAGUUCUGGAGCUCCUCCCUCAACACCAAGGCUCAGCCGGGCCCAUCUGAAGGCCAGCUGCUGCCCCGGCUGAAGCCCCGGUCCCCGCAAGAGCUGGACCAGGGCACAGGAGCCGCCCUGUGCUUCUUCAAUCCCCUGUUCCCAGGGGACCUGGGCCCCACCAAGCGGGAGAAAUUCAAGAGGAGCUUCAAAGUGCGUGUGUCCACGGAGACUUCCAGUCCUCUGUCACCACCUGCCGUGCCACCUCCCCCAGUCCCCGUGCUGCCAGGUGCAGCCCCCAACCAGACAGAAAGCUUACCCCCUCGCCAGCUUCUGCGAAGGGAGAGCUCAGUGGGGUACCGUGUGCCAGGGGGCGCCAGGCCCAGCCUCCCCCCGCUGCCCUCCCUCCAGGAGGUAGACUGCGGCUCCCCCAGCAGCUCGGAAGAGGAGGGGGUGCCGGGUUCCCGGGGAAGCCCAGCAACCUCGCCCUGCCUGGGCCGCCGGCGGCCCCUGCUUCGGUCCAUGAGCGCUGCCUUCUGCUCCCUGCUGGCGCCCGAGCGGAAGGUGGGCCGAGCAGCCUCGGCGCUGACGCAGGACCGACACACGGCUGUGGGCCAGCUGGUGCAGGACCUACUGACCCAGGUGCGGGCUGGCCCUGAGCCCCGGGAGCUGCAGGGGGUCCGAGAGGCGCUGAGCCGGGCCCGGGCCAUGCUGAGCGCAGAGCUGGGCCCUGAGAAGCUGCUGCCGCCCGAGAGACUGGAACACAUCUUGGAGAAGUCGCUGCAUCGCUCCGUGCUCAAGCCUCUCCGGCCUAUCCUGGCGGCCCGCCUGCGGCGCCGGCUUUCCGCCAAUGGCUCCCUGGGCCGCCUGGCUGAAGGCCUCCGCCUGGCCCGGACCCAGGGCCCUGGAGCCUUCGGGUCCCACGUGAGCCUGCCCUCCCCCGUGGAGCUGGAGCAGGUGCGCCAGAAGCUGCUGCAGCUGCUCCGGGCCUACUCUCCCAGCGCCCAGGUCAAGCGGCUCCUGCAGGCUUGCAAGCUGCUCUACACAGCCCUGAGGACCCACGCGGGGGAGGGCGCAGGGGCGGACGAGUUCCUCCCGCUGCUCAGCCUUGUCCUGGCCCAGUGCGACCUUCCCGAGCUGCUGCUGGAGGCCGAGUACAUGUCGGAGCUGCUGGAGCCCAGCCUGCUCACGGGAGAGGGCGGUUACUACCUGACCAGCCUCUCGGCCAGCCUGGCCCUGCUGAGUGGCCUGGACCAGGCCCACACCCUCCCCCUGAGCCCCUCACAGGAACUACAGCGCUCCCUCAGCCUCUGGGAGCAGCGCCGCCUGCCCGCCACCCACAGCUCCCAGCACCUCCUCCGAGUAGCCUACCAGGACCCCAGCAGUGGCUGCACCUCCAAGACCCUGGCUGUGCCCCCAGGGGCCUCGAUUGCCACCCUGAACCAGCUCUGUGCCACCAAAUUCCGAGUGACCCAGCCUGACACAUUUGGCCUCUUCCUGUACAAGGAGCAGGGCUACCACCGCCUGCCCCCUGGAGCCCUGGCCCACAGGCUCCCCGCAACUGGCUACCUUGUCUAUCGCAGGGCGGAGCGGCCUGAGACCCAGGGGGCCUCACCUGGGACCUCACCAGAGGACAGCAGCGGGGAGCUAGAGGCAGGAGGCAGGGAGGAGGAGAAGGGGGGUGGGGGAGAUGGGGACAUCCAGGUCAAAGCCUGUCCUGGGGACAGCAGGGGAGAGUCUGAGACCGUUGCGGAGAGGGCCAGGGGGGCCCCGGCUCAGCCAGGGGGGCCAGAGGCUGAGGGAAGCCGGGCAGCAGAGGAGUAGCAGGAAGUGGUCAGAAGGGUCAUUUGGGACAGAAAACUCUGAGCCUGCGGGGAAGGCCUUUCAGAGCCGUCAGCCCCACCCCUUGCAGGCUUCCCCACCCCAGGCCGCUCCUGUGUCUGCCACCACCUCCAUCUGACACUUAGCUCUGUGAUCACACCUGCAGGGGUCGUGCGUGCCUGGCCUGGCUGCAUCUGGAACGCUGGAAUCAAGUUGAGGGGCUUUGAGGGACCCCAAACCAUGGGCUCAGGCCCUUUGCCUCUCUCCCUUCCCUCCCCGCUAGAGGCCAGCCAGCCUUCAGUGCUGAGUGUGCCCAGCAGGGGACAACCCCAACAGGAGCCCAGCCUCUGGCAGCCCCUCCUGGCUGGGGGCUUCAAGGCUCUGAAAGGCUUCACCUGCUCCUGGGUGUUGGGAGGAUUCAGGGAGCCAACAACGACUCAGAGCCCAGGCCAGCCGUAGCCCAGCUGGAGGACUGGCAGCUCCAGACUUAAGUGUCCUGGAAAGAGAGGGUGCAGUUGCCGCCCUGCCUUCUCCCACGAGUCCCCCAAUUUCUCUGCACUGAAGCCUUCUGGACCUCACAAGAGCUUCUCUGGAGGCUGGGCAUGGCUUACUACACACUGAGGUUUGGGAAGGAGACUCCUAAGAUACCGAUCGCACAGCCGGCCAUUGCAGGUUCCCCGCCCAAACCAGGUGUCAGACUCCAACUAAGCGCCCUUUAUUCUAAACCACCGAAAAAUUAACCCUAUGGGCCCUUCAGCCCCAAGGCAGGGCCUAGAGCGGGGAUCCAACGGAGCGAAGAAAAUGCCAACAAUUACCACAAGGGGGUGCGCGUGGCCCAGGAAGUGGCCAGUGGGUAAUUCCGAGGGGCGAGGGCAUCUCCAGGGCUGCAGCGCGGCAGGUGGUCAGAGGCCCCGUGCUCUUGCAGCCACCGGGCAACCUGGGGUCAGUGCGGGGGCCAGCACCGCCGGCCCUCAGCUCCCUUGGAGUCGGGGACCUGGGUGAAGCAAACUCCAGGGGUAUCACUCCCUGGGAAGGAACUGUCCCCUGAUGGAAGGAGGACCCCAGCCAGUCUCUGGGGCACUCCCUCAGGUGCUGAGCACAAAGGGACAUCGGCCCACAUGUGAGACAGACAUGACAACUGGAAGGUAGAAAUCCUGGACAUUGGGAUUUCUGGCAGUCCAGAGACAGAUACCACCAAAUUUGGGGGCAGGGCUCCCAAAUGUUUCUCUAGGACCACCAGCAGCUCUUACCUCCCCACUUCCACCCCCAACUCUAAGCUUCUUGCUGGUAGGGAGUCUCCCCUUUUGUAUGUCUUUCCUCCCUAUCCGCCCACCCCCACCCCCCGUGCCUGCAUAGGCACUCAAUAAAUGCUGU